AUGACCACUGCUCACUUCCUAGCUUUUCCUCCGAGUCCGCUCAGCAACGGACCCGAGGACUCACGAUCCCGUGACAUUCUCAUAUUCUUCAUCCCCGGGAACCCGGGACUCAUUGACUACUAUGAGCCCUUCCUAUCAACUCUUCGGGAACUCCUAGACGAGGCGAAAUCGCUUGAGCACAAACGCUUUCACAUCUACGGCCAGAAUCUAGCCGGAUUCCUUGACGACGAUCACGAACCCUUCACUUCGCAGAGGACACCAUAUAACCUCCAAGACCAGAUCCAGCAUACACUUGCAGCCUUAAAGAGGCUACGCGUCGACUCAGGACUACGCAAAGGUCUUCCAUACGACGAGGUUCUGCUCAUUGGACAUUCUGUAGGCAGUUAUAUUGCCCUCGAGCUCUUUCAUCAGCUCUUACGCAACCCGCAUUUAGCUCCGCAUUUAAAUCUUGGUUCCGGAGUCCUCCUGUUCCCGACUAUCCACCACAUAUCAAACUCCCCAAGCGGGAAGAAACUUGACUUACUACGCCGAACGCCCAUACUAGGCGACAAUGCCUACCGGAUCGCGCAGGCAUUCCUGCGCCUGUUCCCCGAAGGCGCCCUCCGGUGGAUCGUGCGCAGUGUGAUGGGGUUCCCUGCUCACGGAGCAGAAGUAACAACGCGUUGGCUUAAGAGCCGGGACGGGGUGUGGCAGGCGCUGCAUAUGGGCAUGGAUGAAAUGCAAGUCAUCGGAGAGGACCACUGGGAUGAAGAAUUGUGGGAAAUUACUCACGAAGCAGAGGCGCACGACAAAGUCAUACCGAAAUUCUUUUUCUUCUUUGGCAAGCAUGACCAUUGGGUCGCAAAUCACUACAGGGAUGAUUUCAUCCAGAAGAGGCAGAAGCAAGUCGAACGCACAAGACUCAUAGUAGAUGAAGGAAACAUCCCUCAUGCGUUUUGUAUAAGACAUAGUGAAGUCGUUGCUGAAAAAGUAAGUUUAUGGGUUAACCAGAUAUACAGUCCUAGCUAG